CGAUCCGGCCGCCCAAUGGGCGUCGCGGAGGGCCUGGCCGAGUGGAGGAAGCGCGGGGGCGACAACGGGCGUUGUCCUUGGUUGACGAGAGUAUCGGGGUGCGGUUCGUCCGGUCUGUUGGCGCCACUAUUGUCUUUGGAAAGAUCAUCGGCAAGGCGGUUCAGCGGUACCGUCAGCGACGAGAGCGAGGAGUGCCGUGCGUUCCAUGAUCUUUCACCGCAAGCUGGGAUGCUUUUCCUAGUCGUGCCUAAGGAGCCGAUUAUCGGGUUGUCUGAAGCAGGAAAUUCUGGUGAAUCUUGCCGUGCGUUCCAUGAUCUUUCACCGCAAGCUGGGAUGCUUUUCCUAGUCGUGCCUAAGGAGCCGAUUAUCGGGUUGUCUGAAGCAGGAAAUUCUGGUGAAUCUCUUCUUGGGCAUGUAAUGAUUGUUGGCGAGAAGUGUGUUGCUCACCUGGGCCUGACCAAUGGAUUCCGGAUGGUUGUGGAUGAAGGGCCCGAGGGUGGGCAGUCUGUCUAUCGUAUACAUCUACCUAUUCUGGGUGGCCAUCAGUUGGGCUGGCCACCUGGCUAAGAUUUUGGCAUCGCAAGAGUUGCUGCACGUGUACAAAUUGCCACUGAAUGGAUUUCGUCUGUUGCCCAUCAAUCUAGCCGCUGUCGAUGUGUAAUUUUUUGUGAUGUGUCUGUGGAAGGUAAUAAAAGCCUUGAGCAGCAGUUGCACAAUAAAGAUUUGUCAUGGGGAUAUC